AUGUUUGACGAAGCUUUGUGCAUCAUGAGACAAUUGAUGCAAGAAAGGCGUGUCGCUGCGCUGGAGCUAUUGGAUGCUCUCGCUCGAAGUCGUAAGAGGUACGGCGGGAGCCGUGAUGUCUAUGAUGCCAUGGUCCGGUGUUGUACUCAGAUUGGCGCUACCAAAGAUGCUUGUUUGGUGAUGGAGACGCUGCGAGCAAGAGGUGUUUGGGUGUCUGUUCAUGCCUGCAAUAACUUGUUGAACCAUCUUCUUAUGUCGAGUCAAGAUGGCGGAGUUGCGUUCUGGGAGAUGUACAAGGAAAUGCUGGCACUGGGGUAUGUUGAAAACGUGAACACCUUCAAUUUGGUUAUCUAUGGCUUAUGUAGGGAAUGUAAGAUUAGUGAAGCUUUCUCGGUGUUUUACCGAAUGCUAAAAGGAGGGGUUUUUCCUAAUAUUGUUACCUUCAAUAUGCUCAUCGAUGGGUGUUGCAGAAAUGGUGAGCUCAGUUUGGCUUACGAACUUUUCAAGAAGAUUAAGCUUGUGUCAGGGAAUAAUUCUGAACCUAAUGCUGUAACUUUUAAUUGCCUCAUUAAUGAUCUCUGUAAGGCAGGGAGGGCAGAGGAUGGUGAGCAUGUGGUUAAGAAAGACAUGCUAAAAAAGGGAUUACUACCUAACCUGAGAACAUAUGGGACUCUGAUUGAUGGCUAUGCAAGAGAAGGGAAGAUGGAAGAAGCUCUCAGGUUAUUUAUCGAGAUGUUGGAUGAUGGCAUGGUGCCUAAUGUUGUUGUGUAUAAUUCGCUCCUGAAUUGGCUCUUAAAGCAGGGUCACAUCGAGGAGGCUUGUUUCUUAUUGUCGGACAUGAGGAAGGUGCAUGCUUCUCAUGAUCAUUACACAUACGCAAUUUUGGUCGAUGGCUAUUGCAGGAACGGAUGCAUGCAAGAGGCUUUUGGAUACUAUAACCAGUGUAGAGAAGAGAAAUUGGUGAAGGAUGUGGUUCCCUACAAUAGCCUUAUCAAUCAUCUCUAUAAGCAAGGGAGGGUCUGUGAAGUGAAACAGCUUCUGGGAAGGAUGUUUGUUAGCUGUCUGGCACCUGAUGUGGUUACUUAUAGUACUUUAAUUGAUCGAUUCUUCAAAGAUGGAAAGAUAGAUGAUGCUCUGAAGGUAUAUGAUGAAAUGAUAGAGGUGGGGCAAAGGCCUAAUCUAAUUACAUACAAUUCGAUCAUUCAUGGUUUCUGUCAAGUGGAAUAUGUAGAUAUGGCACGAUUAGCCAUAGAGGAACUGAGAAGUUCAGGUAUGCUGCUCGAUGUAAUCACAUAUAACACUGUGGUCAAUGGAUAUCUUAGGAGUCAGAGGGAUGAAGAGGCAUUAGAUUUAUGCAAAGACAUGCAAAAGCUAGGCAUAGCAGUUAAUGGAGUCACUUGCAACAUAUUUAUGAAUUACCUCUGCAAAUUUGGAUACUUUGAACAGGCAAAAGGGCUCUUGAGGAUUAUGCUGGACGGAGGCUUGAUUCCAGAUCAAAUAACAUAUACGACGAUCAUUACUGCACUCAGUAAAAGUUCCCAAGCGAAUGAAAUUAUUGAGUUACAUGAUAAUAUGGUGCUUAGAGGAGUGUCCCCCGAUGAGUAUACUUACAACACCAUUGUUAGCUGCCUCAUUCAAGGAAAGGCACAUUCCAAAUACCAUAUUUGA